AAAAAAAAACUUUGAAUUUUUUUAUUGUGUCUGAGAAAUAUUCGUUUCAAAUUACGGUCACUUUAAUUGGUAUAUUCCAAAAUAAAUGAUUUGAUUAAUUUGUUUAUAACAAAGGAAAUUACGGAACUAAUUAUGAUCCUUGAGCUAAAAAUUUCAAGGGCGACCUAAAUUAAUAAUUUAUAAUUAUUGAUCAACGUGAGACAUUGUUCAGUAAACGUCUAUCCGUGAUAGAAGAAUGAUGGAAAUAGAAGAGGAUGUAAUCAAGUUGAGAAAAGACGAAGUUCGUAAUUUGACUACAACAUACUAUUCAUCUACAGUAACCAAUGCUGCUGUAACAUGGAAGAAAAAAUCAGUGUCGAUUGUAUCUCCAAAAUCUGGACACUACUCACGACAGAAGGAAACGAAGAAUUCUUCUGGAUUCUUCUCUAAACUUUUAAAAGAUUUCAAGAAGACAAAAGUAUCAGAUUUCGAAUAUCAACAGUCUAAAGUGAGACAGAAUAGUUCUUAUAAACCAUUCUGGGCUACGAAAGUUAAAGAACAAACAAUAGAAGAAUUGGCAAUAGAGAAGAAAGCAGAUGUGGCAGAAAGAAGUAAUUCCGUUUACAGCAAAGGUUUUGUGUUCCGAAAGGAAACUGACGGAACACCAACGGUUGUUUUAGGAAAUGAUCAAAAUAUACAAUCACCUAAACGACAUUCUAUUGUUGAAUUUAGUAAGAAUAAUAAGCUUAAACCAUUGCCUAAUUAUAAAGGCAGCAAAAUGUUUAUGCCGACAGGAGAGCCUUUAUAUUGGCUCGGUGAGACUCGUCCGUCGUCAUUCGGACCGGCCACCUACCAGGACUUCAAGGAUAUUCGCUCACGCUGCCUAGCUGAAGGCAGGCUAUUUGAAGAUCCAGAGUUCCCAGCUAUAGACCGCAGUCUGUAUUACAAGGAGCGUCUCGACCGACCCAUAACAUGGCUCAGACCAAGCGAGAUAUGCGAAGACCCGCAACUCUUCGUCGAAGGAUACAGUCGUUUCGACGUGCAACAAGGAGAGUUGGGUGAUUGCUGGCUUUUGGCUGCGGUGGCUAAUCUCACGCUGCAUAGGAAAUUGUUCUUCCAAGUGGUACCUGAUGACCAGAGCUUCGAUGAAGAUUACGCCGGUGUUUUCCAUUUUCGUUUCUGGCAGUACGGUCGGUGGGUGGACGUGGUGAUAGACGACAGGCUGCCGACGUACCGCGGCAAGCUCGUCUUCCUCCACUCGUCUGAGAGGAACGAGUUCUGGAGCGCACUCUUGGAGAAAGCAUAUGCUAAACUGCACGGGUCAUAUGAAGCAUUAAAGGGCGGUUCCACUUGCGAGGCGAUGGAGGACUUCACCGGCGGCGUCACUGAGAUGUACGACGUAGCGGAACUGCCCCCUAACUUCUAUACUAUAUUACUAAAAGCAUAUGAAAGAAACUCUCUUAUGGGAUGCAGUAUUGAGCCGGAUCCCAACAUCUUGGAGGCGGAGACACCAGCUGGUUUGAUCAGAGGUCACGCGUACUCCGUGACACGUGUCAAAUACGUUGACAUUGAGACACCAGGUCGCGCCGGCAAGAUACCUCUGCUGCGUCUGCGCAACCCUUGGGGUAACGAGGCUGAGUGGAACGGACCGUGGAGCGAUAAGUCACCUGAAUGGCGUUUUAUUCCAGAAUCAGAGAAGGAAGAACUUGGUCUGACAUUUGAUGAUGAUGGAGAAUUCUGGAUGUCAUUCAAAGACUUUGUUAAUCAUUUCUCAAGAGUGGAGAUUUGCAAUUUGAAUCCUGAUUCUCUGGACCCUGAGGAGUGUCCCGAGGGCUGCACUAAGAAGUGGGAGAUGUCCGUCUUUGAAGGAGAAUGGGUCAGAGGCGUCACUGCUGGUGGAUGCAGGAAUUAUCUGGAAAGUUUCUGGAAGAAUCCACAAUACACUGUCACAUUGAAAGAUGUGGACGAAGGUGAUGAUGAGAAUAAAUGUACUAUUAUAGUAGCGUUGAUGCAGAAGAACCGACGUUCACAACGUCACCAGGGACUGGAAUGUCUUACAAUCGGGUUCGCGGUGUACCGGCUGCCGGACUACGGACAUGUACCAAAACCUCUUGAUGUCAAUUUCUUCAAAUACAACGCUUCUGUUGGACGUUCUCAAGCUUUUAUUAAUUUAAGAGAAGUUAGUGCUAGGUUCAAAUUCGAGCCUGGUUCGUACGUGAUCGUGCCCUCCACAUUCGAGCCUGAUGAAGAAGGAGAGUUUUUGCUUCGUGUCUUCUCUGAAAAGGACAACAAUAUGACUGAGAACGAUGAAGAUGUCGGCAUGGGCGAUGUUGAUGACAGGGUAAAAGAAAUAGCUCCGAACCCAGAGCCGGCAGAUCCUGUGCGAGAUUUCUUCAACCGGCUCGCAGGAGAUGACGGAGAAGUGGAUUGGCAGGAACUGAAGGAAAUAUUGGAUUAUGCUAUGAGAGAAGAGCUAGCGAUGCGUCACGGCGCGUACGACGGGGGCGGAGUCCCGGGGCCGGGGCCGGGGCAGAGCCCUACAGAGCAGGGUUGUCUGGAGCAGCUGCUGUGCGCCCUCUGUACUCCAAUCUGCAAGGAGUUUGGUGUAGAUCUGCAACAGAUACAGCAGCAGACACAAGAGCAAGUCCAUCUGAAUCAACCGCAACCUCAACCAGAGUUAAAAGGUCAAGGUUUCUCCAAAGAGGUGUGUCGCAGUAUGAUUGCGAUGUUGGACAAAGAUAACUCCGGCGGAUUAGGAUUUGACGAGUUCAAAACUCUAUGGAUCGAUCUACGUAACUGGAGGGCUGUAUUCCGUCUGUACGACACUGAGGGUCGCGGCGCUAUCCCCGCACACAAUCUGCGAGACGCGCUGCACUCCGCCGGGUACACGGUCAACGCUCACGUCCUUAAUGUGCUCGCACACAGAUACGGAUCCAGUGACGGCUACAUUCAGUUCGAUGACUUCAUCAUGUGCUCUGUGCGACUCAAGACCAUGAUCGAUACCUUUAAAGGGAGAUCUUCAGGUGGAGAAUACGCUACAUUCUCUCUGGAAGAAUGGCUGAAUCGCACAGUCUACUCAUAGAUGAUAAAAUGCCUUAUUACUAUAAAAAUACGGUCCUAAUUUAAGCGCACUAUUUAACCCGGCCUAUAUAGAUUAUAUUAAAGAAAGAUAUUUUAUAAACUAUAGCAAAGUUAUGGAAUUAUUCAAUUGCAUUUAUAAAUUUUUGUCAUUUAAGAUAAUUAAAAAAAAAUUAAAAAGCUAAAAAAAAAUUGCAAUCGUUGAUUUAAUAUGGCAACCUCAAAAAAAUGUAGUCACAAAUUAUUUAACUAUACGGGUACAUAUACUGUAUUGAAUUUAUAAUCUGUUAAAAAAUAUAUAAUGUGUAUUAUUAAUUGUGAAUUGUUUUGUUAAGUACAAUUGUGACAGUAUUUUUUUCUAUCCACCGACUUUUCAUUCCAAUAGCUACUUUCAUUAUUCACAAAAAACAAGGGACUUUAGCUGCCAUAGACUUGACAACUAAAAGAAAAACAAAAAAAAUAAAAACAAAAACUUGUAUUGAUAUGAUAUAAGUUUGUCAGUUAUGAAUGACGUUUACGCCGCCAUUUUGUUGACGUUAGUUUUCUCAUGUUGGUAAUGCUGAGGUUCCGUCAUCUUUUAGUUACUGUGCGAUUACAAACAGCAUUUCGUAUAUUUAUUAUUUUUGUAUCGCGGGCACUUUGUAACAUUUGUCGUCAGACAAUGCAUUUUUAUUCUAAAAUUUUUUAUUAUAAAAAUAUGUAUGACAUUUUAUAUUUUGUAUUUAAAUUUGAGAUCUGAAUUAAAUGUUUCAUU